AUGAGCUUCUUUUGUGUUUUUGUGUGUUUCCUUCUCGUCUGGUUGAAGAUCCUUAGUUGGAAUUGUCAAGGAGCUGCGUCUAGUGCUUUUCGAUGCGCUCUUCUUCUGUUGGUUAAGAAGGUUAAGGUUGAUAUGGUUGGGCUCAUGGAGCAAAAAAUCUCAGGAUGCGCCGUAGACAAGGCAUGUAAAAGCUUUGGGUUCGAUAACUGGCUUAGGGUUGAGGCAGUUGGUUUCAGCGGAGGCAUCUGGCUCCUCUGGCGUAAUACUGUUAAUGUGGAUAUUUUAGCAACUAACCCUCAAUUUGUGCUAACCAGGAUUAGCAGAGGCAAUGUUAGACUGGGUUUGGUUUCCUUUGUGUAUGGAAGCCCGUCGCACUAUCUUAGGAAUAAGCUGUGGAACAAUCUCUCAAUCGAUCAUCUCCCCCUAAACGAGGAAUGGCUGUCGGUGGGAGAUUAUAAUGCAGUUACUUGCAUGGAGGACGUGAGCAAUCCGGAUAACUUCCACAACCACAGAUGUUCAGGUAUGAGACAAUGGAUUUUUAAAGAAGGAUUAAUUGACAUUGGUUUCCUUGGUGCUAGGUUCACUUGGACGAGAGGAAGGGAAAGCUCGACUUUCUCUGGUGCAAGGCUCGAUCGAGCUCUCUGCAAUACUCCCUGGGUUAUGAAGCACCCGGGGACAAAGGUGACGCACAUGGCUAGAAUAUGCUCGGAUCACUCUCCCCUCCUCAUUGAGAUAGGGAACCACAACGAACAUCCUAGGAGUUACAAGUUCCAAUACCAAGCUGCUUGGAGCAGGCAUCAUGACUUCCACAAUGUCGUUGCGCGGUGCUAG